ACAUACAUACUUCCCUUCUCAAACAUCAUCAUCAUCAUCAAAUCCAAUCACUUAUACGGAGAUGGGAUCUGAGUUGACAUACAGGCGUCACGAACCCCAAACCCUCUCUGAUUCUUACUCCCCCAAGCCUAACAAGCCAUGGCUUUCUGUCAUCCGCCCCAUUCGCUACAUGCUCCGGGAACAACGUCUUCUUUUUGUCCUCCUCGGCAUUCUCCUCGGUGCCUUCUUCAUCGCCAUCCUUCCAUCCUCCUCCCACCGCCAGAUCACAUACCAUGAUGCCUACUCCGUCUCUCAACUUGCCCAAAUCAUGAACCCGCCACAACCGGUUUAUCGUCCCGGCUUUGGCUCUAUCAGUUCUGGUGGAAAGGUUCCUUUGGGUCUGAAACGCAAGGGCUUAAGGAUAGUGGUCACCGGCGGGGCAGGUUUCGUCGGAAGUCAUCUCGUUGACCGCUUGAUCGCUAGAGGAGACAGCGUGAUUGUUGUCGAUAAUUUCUUUACUGGGAAUAAGGAUAACGUCAUGCAUCAUUUUGGAAACCCUAGAUUUGAGCUUAUUCGUCACGACGUUGUCGAGCCGUUACUACUCGAAGUGGAUCAGAUCUAUCACCUUGCUUGUCCUGCUUCCCCUGUUCACUACAAAUACAACCCCGUCAAGACAAUCAAGACGAAUGUGGUGGGGACACUCAACAUGUUAGGGUUGGCGAAGAGGGUUGGUGCGCGGUUCUUGCUAACGAGCACCAGUGAGGUCUACGGUGAUCCCCUUCAACAUCCUCAAGUCGAAACUUACUGGGGCAAUGUCAAUCCAAUUGGUGUCAGAAGUUGCUACGAUGAGGGAAAGCGGACCGCUGAAACAUUGGCCAUGGAUUACCAUCGAGGUGCCGGGGUUGAGGUGAGAAUUGCUAGGAUAUUCAACACAUAUGGUCCUAGAAUGUGCAUUGAUGAUGGCCGUGUGGUUAGUAAUUUUGUUGCUCAGGCACUGAGAAAAGAGCCUUUAACUGUUUAUGGUGAUGGGAAGCAAACCAGAAGUUUCCAGUUUGUUUCUGAUUUGGUGGAGGGUUUAAUGCGUUUGAUGGAAGGUGAACAUGUAGGACCUUUCAAUCUUGGAAAUCCCGGUGAAUUUACGAUGCUUGAACUUGCUCAGGUGGUCCAGGAGACAAUAGACCCGAAUGCAAAAAUAGAGUUUAAGCCAAACACAGAGGACGACCCACACAAGAGGAAGCCUGAUAUCACCAAGGCAAAAGAUCUGCUGGGAUGGGAACCAAAGGUGGCUCUUCGCAAAGGUCUCCCUAUGAUGGUGUCUGACUUUAGACAGCGCAUCUUCGGUGAUCAUAAGGACUCCUCCAGCUCGGCCUAGUAAAAUAUGAUGAGACAUAUACUGUUUUAUCUUUUUAAAGCUACACUUGUCUUGGUCUAAAACUAGUAUAGCAGAGGUUUAAAGCCAUCUCUACCUAUCUAUCAUUGUUUAGGUUUGAGUUGGCUAUAUGUAUUUUCAUUUUAUCUGGGAAUUAAUUUGGCAUUUUACAGAGAGAGAAGUUUAAUAUUGAUUUUGAUGC